AUGGCAGAAGCCCAGGCAUCAAACGAGUCAUCAUGGACCGAUACGAUCUACAACCUCAACCGCGGGGACGUUGACGGCGAGCGCGAGCGCCUGGCUGACAACCACUUCAAAGUCUGGCUGCCCCUCACCGUCGACCUCCUCCCGCCGCACAUCCUCUCAUCUCUCGAACCAGCAAACCCAGAUCGAGCCCCUCGAAUCGCAGACGUGGCAACGGGAAGCGGCGUCUGGCUGACAUCUCUCGCCCAGCUCGUGCCACAAGACUCGGAGCUCUACGGCUUUGAUCUUGACGGGCUCAAAAUGCCCCAGUCGCAUAGAUCAGGAGUAUCGUUUAACUUCGUGGAGCACGACGUUCUCAAGCCGUUUUCGGCGGAGUUCAGGGGCACGUUCGACCUUGUCCAUGUGAGACUACUCGCACUGGGGCUGAAGAAGGAUGAUUGGGACGUCGCUGUGAGCAACAUGCGCGAGUUGCUGGUGCCGGGCGGGUGGCUUCUCUGGGAGGACAUGAGUGACCUACUCAUCAGGUUCUAUCCGCUGAGCAGGGCGUAUGAAGAGUUCUGGUGGGUUACUAUGCAGCACGACGCGAAGGUCGGGAGGGAUAGACUAAUGCCGAUGGGCCUGCUCAAGAAGCUUCGAAAGCUUGGGUUUCAGAACUGCGAGCAAGAGAUCUUCAACUCAUGGGCCGCAGAUGAUUCGGUUCGAGAUGAAGCUACCUCGGGGAUCAUGCGUCUUAUUCGACCUUCGCUGACGUCCAUAGUUGAAGACGGAGGAGAGGAGACGGUCAAGACGAUGGAGGAUGUCACUCGAAUCGAGGCAGAAUUGAAGCGUGAUGUGGAGGAAAAGGGGUGUCGAGUUGGCUUUGAUUUCGUGUGGAACUGGGGACAGCGAGCUUGA